AUGCUUGCUAAAUCGUUAAUUAUCUUCCUGCUAGUGGGAAUUUGUGGAGUAUCCGCUUUUUCCGAGCAAGGAUUCAACAACACACACGGUGAUCUAAGCGGGUUCCAUUUUGAAUUACUACUGACUCACCUGAACGCUCUGGAGGAACGAAUCGCAACGACGCUGGAUGAAAUUUCCCACAAUAACUCAGAGCUGGUGGAGCUACUUAAGUCUAGCGCCAAAAACUGUGUAACAGCUUGGCAGACAAAUGCUAAUUUAAAAAGUACCGUUGUGAAUUCUGUCGUUGCUGAAUUGUAUAAUGUGUACUUGAAUGAUUUGGUUAAAACCGGCACCACCGUUGAAGGAAGUUCUCUCAACGAGUGGAUCGUAUUUCAGGCACGAUUCGACGGUUCUGUUGACUUCUAUCGCAGCUGGAAAGCCUAUCGAGAAGGUUUCGGUGACACACAGAACGAGCAUUGGCUAGGACUAAACAAACUGCACAAGAUGCUCUCACAACAGCCACAUGAGCUGCUAAUCACGAUGGAGAAUUUUGAGAACGAAAUAAAGUACGCACAUUACGACGCAUUCGUGAUUGGAAACGAGGACGCAAAGUUCGAGAUCAAAACGCUCGGAAAAUACACCGGCACGGCUGGGGACUCGCUGCGAUACCAUGUGGGAUCGAUGUUCACCACCUACGAUCAGCAGAACGACGUCAACACAAGCAACUGUGCUAAGCUGUAUCGUGGUGCGUGGUGGUUCAAGGAUUGCUAUGCCAGCCACCUUAAUGGCGAAUACACCACCAAGAAGCAAACCUUGGAGAAAGGCUUGAUUUGGGUUUCGUUCACCGGACCGUUCAGUUCGUUGAAAAGCUCUGUGAUGAUGGUUCGACCUCGAGUCGUGUAA